AUGUACCGCAAAGGCAAUGGCAUCUCGGGUCUUCGAAAAUCAUGUCGGGAAUUCCCAAUGUCUGUUGCUGCCAUCAAUGCGUUCAUAGCUAAAGCUCUGCCUACGGCCUCGUACAACGCAUUUGCCAUACCUGACAACGUUGCUUCCCCAGCGCACCGUGACUUGCAGAAUGAGCCAGUGGCCAGUCAUGUCUUGGCCCUCUCUGCUUUCGCAGGUGGGGGAAUCCGGGUGCAGUGCCCUCGAGGGGCCGUUUGCCGUCGCGUCGCUGGGGUUAGCACUCCCGGCAAAGUGCUGGCCCUUGACAAAGGCCCUGUGCAGCUUGAUGCUUCGUCGAGCUUGCACUCAACGGAACCUUGGCAAGGUGAUCGUGUGGUCCUCUCGUGCUAUACCUUGAAAGGCUAUGACCUCUUGACGGCCGACCAGUGCAAUAGUCUAUUGCAACUCUCCUUCCCAUUGGCCUUGCAGGUUGGGGAAUGUGCUCGCCCAUCGCCUGUGGACUAUGCGGCCCUGCGCGCCGCCACGGGCAUACAGCCCAAAGCCAGCAAGACCGUACCCUUGGUACCUGAACAUCGUGCGGUCGUCGUUGUUCGAGGCCCGGCCUCCCUGCUUCAGCCUCCAUGUGCCCUCAGGCAACGCCUCGAGUCCGACUGGGCUGUGCCUGCCUCGUGCACGUGUGCUCUGUCUUCCAUCCCCAAGAAUUCCCAACUUCUUCGGAGCGACUUGCUUGAUGUUAAGGCUAAUGAGGGAAGUUCUGGAAAGGUUUCUGGAAAGGUGCUUGAACUUGCGUGGGGGAUACCUUUCUCGCCCUCCGAGUUUGUAGACUGUGCAGUGGCUGCGGGCCACCCCUCCUUCCUCGAAGCGAACCUCCCGCAGGAGCUGCAAGAGGCGAUCACCGCCUCUUCAAAAAUGACCCCCAAAAGUCUGGCCUCGCAUAGGCUAAGGGUGCUUAAGGAAUGGUCCCGCAGAGCAAAAGACCUUGAGAAGGAUGAGAAAGCAUUUAAAAGUUCCCUUCACCCCGAGGUUCUACCGAUACUUUCCCCCAAACGCCUUCUCCUCUUUAAGAGCCUUCUGCAAGAAUAUGGUUACCCGGACUUAGAUGCCUUCAACGAGCUUGUCAGUGGGGUCAGCUUGACCGGUGAUGCUCCACAUACUGGGAUCUUCAAUGCGGCAGAGAGGCACGCCUCUAUGACUGAGGCCGAACUCAAAGCGCAGGCGAAGGUCAUUCAGCAGGAGGUCCUUGCAAAGGUCACCAGUCAAGGAAAUGAGAUUGAUGCGAUUGUGAAACAAAAGACGGAGGAAGAAGUGCGGAAAGGUUGGCUGGUAGGCCCCCUGGAGGCUGAUGACCUGCCUGAGCAUGCCAUCAUAAGCAAACGCUUUGGUCUGCCACAAGCUUCGGGAAAAACACGCCUCAUCGAUGAUUUCUCAAUUUCGCAUGUCAAUGAAUCUGUUGGGGCUGAUGAAUCGCCGAAACCGCAUACCGCAGACGUGCUUUGUGCAAUGACCCUUCAGGCCAUGCGGGCCUUUCCUGGAAGGAAGUUCGUGGGUCGUGCCUACGACCUACAAGCAGCCUAUAGGCAAGUCCCUGUUCAUCCCUCAUCAUCGUGGGCGUCGUAUGUCGCCUAUUAUGAUUGUGAGGAGAAGAGGCCUCGCAUAUACAGGUGCCGAGCCUUACCGUUUGGAGCAACCAAAUCCGUAUAUGGAUUUCUACGCAUCUCGCACGCGCUUUGGUGGCUGGGAGUGGUGGCGCUAAAGCUGGCUUGGUCACUGUAUUACGACGACUUUGUCGUUCUCUCUGAAUCUUGCCUUGCGAGCAAUACCGACAGUGCAAUCCAGAUCUAUUUCACUCUUCUUGGUUGGGCCUUUGCGAAGGACGGGUCCAAGGCUGAGCCCUUUAGUGAGCUUGUCACGGCAUUGGGCGUUCGCUUGUCCCUCACUGGUUUUCCUUCGGGCCGUGUUGAGCUGUGCAACACCGAGUCCCGUACCAACGAGCUGUGUUCGUCGAUCCGCGCAAUCACGGAAGCCAAUACUCUGACCAAAAGUGCCGCGCUUAAGCUCCGUGGUAGGAUGCAGUUUGCUUGCGGGCAGGUCUUCGGUAGGUUGGCCAAGGUUUGCCUCAAGCACCUCACUGAUUUUGCCUAUGGUGAUCUGCCUCCACAUGUCAUGCGACAGGAACCGAUGUUUGUUUUCACCGAUGCUUGCUUUGAGCCCUCGGCCUCAGACUGGAAGUGCGGUAUUGGCGGAGUCUUGUUCAAUCAUCGUGGUGAUCUUAUCGGUUCCUUCUCUCACUCCUUGAGUGCCCGGCAUCAGGAUCUUCUUGGUGCGCAAGUCCAAAAGACGAUAAUCUUUCCCGCCGAACUUCUGGCUCUCAUUUGUGGGAUGAGGCUAUGGCUGUCGGCCCUGAAAGGGCGGCCCACUGUUUUCUUUGUAGACAACAAUUGUGCUCGCGAUGUUUGCAUCUCUGGGUCAGGCCGCGCUGCUGUCAUCAAGGCCCUGCUGCGUGUGCUUCUCAAGGAUGAGGAAAGAAAUGUCAUCACGUUGCAGUCGGUCGCAAGAUUGUCAAGUGCACUGAUGUCGAAGAGGUAG